ACACCGGCCGUUGGACAUGGCAGCAAGGGAGAAAAGCGCCUCGCUGAUGGCGGCUGCGAUGCAGGAUCACUUUAUGAGAAGCUUGAAAGUAGACAUCAGCGCGUCAGGGAGGAUUCGGACUAGGAAGCCCAAAGUCAAGAAGCAGGAGGAGUUGUGCUCGCUCAUGGACGACAAGCAAGACAAAGCAGACAAGGAAGACCUGUCUCUUGCACAGAAGCUGGGCCUUGUCCCUGCUCCGCCCUCCAAGUUGACCAGGGAAGAAUGGAUGUCGGUAGCUGAGAGAUCCAGGCAAGGAGCCGGAGUCUUACUGUCGGGUCGCGAGCUGAAGCUUUUGUUGCGCAGAGGCCGUCAGGACAGCUGCAAUGAUUGUGCGAUCUGCAGAGAGUCUUUCCGUGCGGACGCUCAGGUUAUCCUGUCCUGUAGCCACGUAUUCCAUCAAGAUUGUCUCGCAUCCUUCGAGCGGUUCGCAGGGGCGAAGUCCUGCCCGCUGUGCAGGAUGAAGAACUACGAGAAGCGCUUGUUUGAAGACGGGAGGAGGAACUGGGAGAAGGUCUGUGCCGUCAAGCUGCAAGCAGUGUGGAGAGGGCAUGCGGGAAGGAAGAUCUUCAACCAUCUUGUUGAAACUGUUGUGCCAACGGAUCCCGAGAAGAGGAGGCAGUUCUACUACAAGAGGAUGGAGAAGCUUUCAGCCAGGCUCUUCAGCGCACUCGAUGCCGAGCGGGAUCAAGACCUUGACGACCUGUUCAGAGAGUCUGAGCUAGCCCUACAGUUCAGUCGAGGCGUCUUCGGACAUUCAGCCGGAGCUGGAUGCGGAGGAGUUGGAGAACGGCGACGAGGAGAGGAGGUCGACUGGGAAAUGGUGGAGGCGAGAGCUCUCCAGAGAGACGAGCAGGACUGUGCGAUCUGCCUCUGCGACCUGGGGGGGCCGUCGAAGAAGAAAGUCUUGACUUCUUGCUCGCACCUCUUCCAUGCCAACUGCCUCGAGUCGUUCGAGCGGUUCUCGUCGGCCAUGGCGGAGGUCGACAGCCUCUGCCCCUGCUGCAGGUCCAAGUACGAGAAAAGAUUUUACUGACACCAAGAAAUUUACAUCCCAUUC